UUUUCAUCUUUUCACCAUCGCCAUCCUCAUGUUCAUUAAUAUCAAGUUGAUUAUUUUCAUGAUUAGCAUCCUCAUCCUCGGCCGAUUCAUUGAUUGGGUCAUUUACAGUGAGUCCAAAGAUCAUUGCAUCAACGGGAACGGCAAUUCAAUCAUAUCGUUACUUGAUCGGUUACCUGAUAACUUGGAGUUAAAUGAAGGGUCGUUGUUGGAUCGAUUUAAUUAACUGGUUUUCUAACAAUUAAGAGAAACAAAAUAAAUAUAGUCAAUAGGAUAUUGAAGAUGACACAAAUCUACUGUGCGGAUUAAGGUGAUAAUCAAUUUUAAUAAAGUUCCAGGCCACAGAAAAAGAUGAGAGGUUAAUCUGUGUGAAGGAUGAUAAAGGAUUAGAAAAGAUUUUGUUUAGAAACAUCUUCAUCUUCAUCUACCAAAGGAUUAUCAAAUGCUCCCAGGGAGUUGAAAUGGUUACUAUUAUUGUCUCACUGAUGAUAAAAAGAGAGAGAGAGAGAGAGAGAGAGAGAAAAUCAUCUCACUGACUCUCUCAUUUUCUAUUUCUCGUCACUUGUCAUCAGAAACUCAGGUAGAACAAAAGUUUUAAGAUGAUAAGAAGAAAAAACCAUCACCCAAUCAGAGAAAAGGGAACUAAUCUUUUCCCGUUCCUAAGAAAGAAAACUUUCACUUUUCUCUUUCUUCAUCUUCCAUCUUCUCUGUCUCUUCUCUGUCUUCUCUUUCUUUAUUCUCUUCAUCAUCUUAAUCACCAACAAUUAACUGUAAAUCUGACAAAACGCUCACACAUAAUAAUCAUAAUGGUAACGAUUUAUUAUCAGUCGGAGUUUUGUCUUCAACCGUGUCACUUGUUACAACUGAAUCAAUGUUCAUCGUCACAAUCAACAUAAACAAUUUUCAUCGAAAACGAUUUGACAAUUAGUUCACUUCACAAUUAACACACUCAAUUUAGUUUCUCUAAUCAAGAACAGUUAAUUGUUAUGUUUGUUUGUUUGGUGUUUUCAUCCAAAUCAAUUUGAAUGUUUCUAUUGACCUCAGCGAUUUAUUUACUAACCAUUUCGGUGACUUUGGUUUUAUCGAGUCCCCUUCAUCCAUCAAUGGGAAACAAUAAUGGUGUCAACGGGACAUUAAAUCAUAACUAUGACACUCGAGGAAGUGAAGGUAAACUCGAUACUGGACCUAAAAUGAUGAGAGAGGAAAUCCGUUCAUCUGAAAAUAUUGUGACCGGAGGUUCGAGUGGGUCUUAUAUCGAUCCAUUAACUAAAUCUAAUCUUCCACUUCAUCCGGAAGUUCAUCUUACUGAAAGUCUGUCAACUUCCUCCACACCCUCACCAUCAACAACACCUUCUUCAACCUUAUCACCAUGGGAAAUAUCAUUCAAGAAACUGUUGAUUCCAAGUAAAAAUCAACAAUCAAACAGCAACAACAAUGGUGAUGAUGAUGAUCAAUUGUCUCACCAUCAUCAACACCUUCAUCACUUUCACCCUAACCAUCAAUAUCCUUCAGCUAAUAGCCGAUUAUCAUCUUUAUCUUCAUCUUCUCCACCAACCUCAUCAACUCCAUCAAGUUCAACUCGAAAACAAUCACGUCUCAUUCAUCACUUAUCUCCACCAUUAACAGUUAAUCAAGGUCAAAAUAAUGGCCAACAAUUAACCCCAAUUAAGGACAACGAUUCGUUCAAUCAAUUAUCAUCACCUACUUCCUCUUCUGGUUAUACUGACGGUGUUAAUCCUGAUGGUCAAUCACGAUACAACCAACGACCACCUAAAUCGGCCUUUCAAUUUGAUUAUGAUCAAGCCAAUAAGAAAAAGUUAAUACCCCAAUCAAGUCUCAAAAUAUAUUCAUAUCUAUAUUACUACUAAUUACUAUUACCUUGUUAAAAGAAAAGAUAAUUAUUUUUGUAAUUGUAAAAAGGAAAAGUCCUAUAUAAUCAUAUAAUAUGUAAAUAUAAACACGAAAACUUGACCAACACCCAAAAAACCCAUACAAACUUAUUAACUUCAUCUCUUCAUCUUUAAUAAAUUGAUAAAAUUAUUCCGAUGAUUAACAACACAGCCAAUAGACAUGACAAUUAAAUAUAAAUAAAUUCUCGUGUAAAUUGUUCACUUGUAGACUUUAAGAAACUAAAUUAACAGAAAUCAAAUGAAAUACAGAACAAACAAAUUAUACUUACCAAUUUACUUGACCAAAUUAAUCAACCACAACAUAUGAACAGUUUUUCAAUUUGAUAUUUGACAUCAUCCAAAUUCAUGGUUACCUAUUAACUAAUCAACGGUUGGUCUUGGAGACAAAAGAAAACAAGUUAAUCAACAAUUAAUUCAACGGUUUUAACUGCAACGUUGAAGAAAACAAACUGUGUGAAAAAAAAUUAGAAAACAAAUCAACUAAAUUAAAUUAAAUCCGUUGGUGAUUUAAAUCUAAUAAAAGUCACUUUUUGUU